GUCUCAUACUAUUUUGGCUAUAAUUACUACAAUACCAUUGAAUUGAAGUCAAGUUGGUGGUCCAUUAUCUUUGGACUCACUCACUCUGGAGAGAAAAAAGAGCCCAUAGACGUAGAGUUUGGACAAAAGAUUGUUGACGAAGAAGUUGGACAUGGGUUGUGGAGUCAGCAGUGGUGGGGGACAGAGUUUGCUAGGUUACUUGUUUGGGAGUGGAGAGGCUCCAAAACCGGUCCCAAGUAAUGCCCAAGCUGCUCCAAACGAAGAGCAGCCUACUGCCAUUUCUCAACCAGUUGACGUUAACAAGCAGAUUCCUGCACGCAUACAUAGUAACCCCGCAAACAACUACUUCCGGGCAGAUGGCCAGAACAACGGCAAUUUCAUCACGGUCUCAUACUAUUUUGGCUAUAAUUACUACAAUACCAUUGAAUUGAAGUCAAGUUGGUGGUCCAUUAUCUUUGGACUCACUCACUCUGGAGAGAAAAAAGAGCCCAUAGACGUAGAGGUAUUUGUCUUUGUCCCUUUAAGUGUGUAAAUUGGUCUUGGAGAAAAAAGAGUACAUAGAAACUGAGGUCUUGGUCUUUGUCCCUUAAAUUGAAAUUUAGGGCACAAUUUGAUUAAUUUUACUGUGUUAUGGCAUUUACACUUGUUGUAUGUGUAGGGGUAAAGAUGCAAACUACUUCUGAACUUUUUUCUGAUGUGUUUUUUAAAUGAUUAUGAAACUUAGUUUCUUCACCACAGCAUUGGGCUUGAU